CGGACGCAUGAGAGAAUUGCUCAGGUCAGUAGGUGUCGCUGGCCAACGGGAGCAGCCACGCGAGCUCGCAGUUCAAUCGACAUUAUGGGACGUGUAGCGAUCGUUUCCUCGAUGGUAAUUCUGGCGGCAGUGAUCAGUUCGAUCACCAGCUACCAGGUGAAACCGGCCAACUACGCCAAACUGAUCGAAAAACAGAAAAAGUUUGACGAGGCAUUCGAGAAGGAGUUCUACGUGGAGCACACGAAAUAUGUUGAAACGGGCGAGCAGUCCGAGCGACUGCAGGAGAUGUUUGAGCAUAUACGUCAGGAGCCUGACAUGUUCCGCAUGGAGAUGGACAACCAUCCGCUGCCGUACCUGACGGCAGAGUGUACGGCGUGUCGUGCCCUGGUCACCACCUAUCUCACCUACCGCCGUGUGCUCGGUUGGGAUCGGGAUCGUAUUGCGCUGCAGGCAGCUUCCACCUGUGAAACGCUCAACAUUCUUACGCCACCGAACUGCUUGAAGAUUGUGAACAAAAACAUCGACAUUCUGCUGUACAUUAUCGACAACCGGCCGUCCCUUACCGCGCAGACCAUCUGUGGCAUCAUCUUCCAGUCCGGUACGUGCGUGUUGGAGGAUCCGGCCUUCUUGAACUGGUCGAUCAAUGUGCAACCGGGCGGUCGUCCAAUUACCGCGUCCAAGACCUCGCCGAAUCGCGGGGCCAGCGACCUGAAAAUCAUCCACAUCACGGACGUGCACUACGAUCCACACUAUCGCACCGGGUAUAAUGCGGUGUGUGGUGAGCCGUGCUGCUGUCGAGAAGGCCAGGGCAUACCGGCCAACCCAGCCGACGGGGCCGGCGAGUGGGGUGACUACCGAGACUGUGACUCUCCUUGGAAAGCGGUAGAGGAUGCAGUGCGAGCUGCCGCCCGGCAGCAUCCGGACGCGGCUUACGUCUACUACACCGGGGACAUUAUCGACCACGGUGUAUGGGAGACGACCGUGGCAGGCAACAUCGUUUCGAUGACCCGUACGUACCAGUUGUUCCGCGAUGUGUUUGGCAGCAAACCCGUCUACAACGUGCUCGGCAAUCAUGAGAACAAUCCGACAAACGUGUUCGCCCCAAGCUACAUCACGCAGUCGGAGUUCUCCGCCAAAUGGUUGUACGACUUUUCGGCCGAUCAGUGGUCCACCUGGUUGCCAACGGCAUCCCAGCAAACGAUCCGGCAGGGAGGCUUCUACACGGUGCUGGUCCGGCCUGGCUUCCGUAUCAUCGGCAUGAACAACAACGAUGCGUACACGUUCAACUGGUGGAUUCUGUACGAUCCGGCUUAUCUGCAGGCCCAGCUCCAAUGGGUGCACGAUACGCUGCUGCAGGCCGAGGCGGCCGGCGAGAAGGUUCACAUCCUGGCCCACAUUCCCAUCGGUGCUGGUACGAGCUAUCGCACUUGGGCCCGUCAGUAUCGGCGCAUUCUGGACCGGUUCUGGGACGUCAUUACUGCGCACUUCCACGGCCAUACGCAUGCGGACGAGUUCAAUGUGUUCUACUCGCUUGCAAACCCGCAGCACGCCAUCAGCGCCGGAUUCAAUGGUGGCGGUACUGUACCGUUUAGCAACUACAAUCCCAACUACGUGGUGUACUACGUCAAUCCACAAACAUACGAUGUGACGGACUUUGAGUCGUGGUACUUUAGCCUGACGGAGGCGAACCAGAACCCGAACCGGAACCCCAUCUGGAUGCAGCUGUACUCGUUCAGCCGAGACUUCCAGCUAUCGAACGUGAGUCCAGCAUCGCUUGACGGGCUCGUCCGCCGGUUUGCUUCCAAUCCAGCCGAGCUGCGCCGCUACUGGGAGUUCAAGGUGAAGCGAGGAGAUCCGUUCAUAGCCGCUGGGUGUGAUGGCGACUGUCUGCUGAACCAUCUCUGCCAGAUCGUCACCAACGAGGCAAACGAUGACACCAAGUGUAACGCACUCGCUGCCAUCUUCCGCAAUCUGGACGACGAACUGUUUAACGAGGAAAAGUAAUUUGAUUUGAUUGAUGGUGUACAAUGUUUUCCCUUAAAGUGGAAGUGUAAUAAUAUUAACCGAAAAAAUAUAAAGACUGCAUUUGCUAA